GUGAAAGAUAAAUAAAUAAAUUUGAAAAUGAAGAAACAUUAACCAGCUGGGUAGAAAAUAUAGAAAAAUGAAUUGAAAAUCUAAAAUCUUAUAUCCUUAAAAAAUGGACUAUUUCAGGAGCGGAUUAAAAUCCGUACUAGGUCCUCCUCCUGGAAAUCAACCAACAGGCGCUGAAACAGUUGAAAGGUUAGUGAGUAGAGUCAGCACCUCUACUUUAUUAGAAGAUAGACGAGAUGCAUGCAGGGCACUCAGAGCUCUUUCAAAAAAAUUCAGGCUUGAAGUGGGUGCUCAAGGAAUGGAUGUACUCAGACAAGUACUAGAGCUAGAUAGAAGUGACUGUGAGAUUGUUGGUUACUGUUUAGAUACCUUGUGCAAUAUAACUGCAAAGCAAACUUUUGAAGAAGAAAUAGAUAAUGCAGUUAAUAAUGUGCAGCUCAAUGUGGGAGAAGAUUUCACUGAAACAUUUGUAGGAGAACAGUUCACUGAAAUGUUUCUGAAGAAUCCUGAAAAUGUGAACUUGGUGUUAAGCUUCAUGGAAGAAUAUGAUUUCAGAGUGAGAUGGCCAGCAGUGAAAUUAAUGACAUCUCUGAUCCUCUCAAAACCUAAAGUUGUACAGGACAUAAUCUUAGUCAGUCCAAUGGGAGUAUCCAAACUUAUGGAUUUGCUGUUGGAGAACCGUGAAGUCAUAAGGAAUGAUGCCUUACUGUUACUCAUCAAUUUAACCAAGUCAAAUGCAAACAUACAAAAAAUUGUUGCAUUUGAAAAUGCCUUUGACAGAUUGUUUGAUGUAAUAAAUGAUGAAGGUGGUACAGAUGGUGGGAUUGUUGUAGAAGACUGUUUCCUCCUUUUGCUAAAUCUUCUGAGGAACAACACCAGCAACAUACAUUUCUUCAAAGAAGGUUCUUACAUCCAAAAACUGGCGCCAAUGUUCACUCUGCCCCCAAAUUUAGAGGAAAUCGGUUGGAGCCCGCAAAAGGUCUCCAAUUUCCAUUGCAUGCUGCUGCUAGUCAGGACCUUGGUCUCCCCUAACAACCCAGCCCAAGUGGUGGCAGCCUGUCAAAAGGCCAUGCGCAACACCAACCUCUUGGAAGCUUUAACGGACAUUCUUAUGGCUGCCGGGGUCCCGGCGAACAUUCUAACUGAAACCAUCAACACUGUCGGCGAAGUAAUCCGUGGAAACCUAACCAACCAAGAAUACUUCUCGAACGUCCAAGCCCCGUCGAACCCGCCGCGCCCAGUAAUUGUUGUCCUUCUCAUGUCGAUGGUCAACGAGAAGCAACCGCUGACCCUGCGCUGUGCCGUACUCUACUGUUUCCAAUGCUACCUCUUCAAGAACGAGAUUGGUCAGCAGACGGUCGUCCACACCUUGUUGCCUAGCAACGAGGCGGUCGCAUCGGUGACUACCGGGCAGUUGCUGUGCAGCGGCUUGUUCGGCAACGACGCUCUCAGCAACUGGUUUUCGGCUGUUGCGUUGUCUCACUGCCUCGUCGACAAUCCGGCCCAGAAGGAGCAGCUGCUCAGGGUAUUGGUGGCGACAAAGGCGGGGGCACAGCCGUUCGGGCUGCUGCAGCAGUGCGCGGUAUUCCUGCAGCGCACCGCCAGGCUGCAGUCGAAGUUGGGCGUGCUGAUGCUGCUGGCGCAGUGGAUGGCGCACUCGCAGCAGGCCGUUAAGGUGUUCCUCGGCGUGUCGGGGGCCAUGGCCUUCCUUACGGCCCAGGCGUCAGCUAGCGAGUAUGACGACAACGAAGAACUGUUACAGGGUCUUUGUGCCUUCCUGAUGGGCCUGUGCGUCGCCUUCAACGACAACUCGGAGCCGAACUAUUCGAAGGAGAACCUCAGCCAGCUGAUCGAGAAGCGCGUCGGCAUCGAGACGUACUGCAGAAAGCUGUCGGAGGUGUCGCACCACGAGGUGUAUGCGCUGGCGGCCAAGCAGCCGCAGCCGAGGGCCAAACACUCCGGGGACUUGCUGCUCGAGUACGAGUUCUGCCAGCUGUUCAAGUCGAUGGAGGGGGUGAUCUACCAAGCGCUGGGCAGGCAGCGCGACCUGUUCAGCGGCAUUUCCGAGCUGAGCCUGAGCGAGCACGAGAACGCCCUCUUGGUGCAGUACAAGGAGCUGAUCAGGGAGCAGGACAAGCAGAUACAGGAGCUCGCAGCCAACAUGGGGGCGUGUAAAAUGCGUUGCAAAGAGUUGGAGGCGCAAUUAGACGAUCUUCAGGAAACCAACAAACAACUAGUGGACCAAAACACUCUCUUGAGAGCCCAAUUGGCCGCGAAUUCCUCAAAUAUCGCGAUCCAAGACAGGCACUUAGACCUUUCUUCGCCUCCGAACGACUCAGAAAAUUCCGAUCUGCUGGAAAAAAUCAGGAAAUUGGAAUCGGAUAACGCGACGAAGGCGGCCGACCUCGAUCGCAUCAGAAAAGAUCAGGACGAUCUGCUGGAGCUGCUGACCGAUCAGGACGUGAAGCUGAACAGCUUCAAAGACCGUCUGAAGGAGUUGGGUGAGAACGUGGACGACGGAGAGUCUGACAACAAUUCGGUGGAGUCGGAAAAUUCUUGAGGCCAGUUUCUUGUUUUAUCUUUUACCAAAGUGGGCGUUUUGUUAUGGAGGGGGUGGGAUGUGGCUCGACAGAAUGCUAUUGAAAAGUUUAGAGCACAAACUGAUGGAGAUAUAUUUAUAUUUCAUAUUUAACACUUGCAAUUUCUUC